CGCCGCCCGCCGCAGCCGCGCGAGUGAACCCAGUGCUCUGCAGCCGACGACCGACCUUCAAUCCGAGGGAACGAGAGAUCUACACCAGGUGGACCCGUGUAUGAUGUGAAGAGGUGCGCGAGCGCACGACUCCGCCAGCACCGGCAAUGGCGUUUCGGAGAUAGUGCCAGGUGGUGACUGUGGGAAAGGUGCAGCGGCGGUAUGCGCGUGGUGUUAGCCGCGCUGACGGCGCUCGCGGCGCGCGCAUUCGCCGGGCCGCACGAACACCGCGCGCGGCACCACGCGCCCGACCACCCCCUCCGCUUCCCCGCGCCGGGGCCCGCCCCCGCGCCCGCGCAGCCCUACCGCGGACACGGCGAGGCCGUCCGGUACAACCCCGAGCUCGACACCAUCCUACCCCGCAUCGAGGACCACGAAACCUCAUCCAAACGAGCCAAAUUCGAAACAGAAACCUCCUCUAAGAGAGCCAAAUAUGACGAAAGAUUCUAUUCUAACCACGAACGGGCUGACGAGGGCUUCAUGGGAGACGAGCCGCAGCUACGGCCCGAAGAUGAAGACCCGCUCGUCAUACGCACGAGGAAAGGUAGAGUUAGGGGCAUUACCCUCACUGCUGCCACUGGGAAAAAAGUCGACGCCUGGUUUGGCAUCCCUUAUGCUCAGAAACCUAUUGGAGAUCUCAGGUUCAGGCACCCCAGACCGGUCGAGAGCUGGGGCGACGAAAUACUCAACACGACGACACUGCCACACUCAUGCGUCCAAAUUGUAGAUACGGUGUUCGGGGACUUCCCUGGUGCGAUGAUGUGGAACCCCAACACAGAUAUGCAGGAAGACUGUUUGUAUAUAAAUAUAGUGGCACCUAGACCCAGGCCUAAGAACGCAGCGGUCAUGCUAUGGGUAUUCGGUGGUGGUUUUUACUCGGGGACUGCCACUCUAGAUGUUUACGAUCCGAAAAUCUUAGUUUCGGAAGAGAAGAUAAUUUACGUUUCAAUGCAAUAUCGUGUUGCAUCACUUGGAUUCCUUUUCUUUGACACCCCUGAUGUACCAGGUAAUGCUGGUAUGUUCGACCAACUGAUGGCAUUACAGUGGGUUAAAGAUAACAUUGAAUACUUCGGCGGAAAUCCUCAGAACAUAACAUUGUUUGGGGAAUCAGCUGGUGCUGUUUCUGUAUCUUUGCAUUUGCUGUCUCCGCUCUCAAGAAACCUAUUUUCACAAGCUAUUAUGCAAUCUGGAACGGCAACAGCACCGUGGGCUAUAAUAUCUAGAGAGGAAAGUAUUUUGCGAGGAGUCCGUUUAGCUGAAGCAGUUCACUGCCCACAUUCUACUACUGAUGUUGGUCCUAUGAUCGAGUGUCUCAGGAAGAAGAGUGCUGACGAAUUAGUCAACAACGAGUGGGGUACCUUAGGCAUUUGCGAAUUCCCAUUCGUUCCCAUUAUAGAUGGUUCGUUCUUAGACGAGAUGCCAGUUCGAUCUCUGGUUCACCAGAACUUUAAGAAAACGAAUAUUCUGAUGGGUUCUAACACUGAAGAAGGGUACUACUUUAUACUAUAUUAUCUCACGGAGCUGUUUCCUAAAGAGGAGAAUGUUGGAAUCACCAGAGAGCAGUAUCUUCAGGCGGUACGAGAGUUGAAUCCGUAUGUGUCUGACGUUGGGAGGCAGGCGAUAGUGUUCGAGUACACAGACUGGUUGAACCCUGAUGAUCCUGUGAGGAACCGGAACGCGUUGGAUAAGAUGGUGGGCGAUUACCACUUCACGUGUGGAGUGAAUGAGUUUGCCCAUCGAUACGCUGAGACUGGGAACAACGUCUAUACUUAUUACUACAAGCAUCGCAGCAAGAAUAACCCCUGGCCUUCCUGGACGGGGGUGAUGCACGCUGACGAAAUCAACUACGUGUUCGGGGAGCCUCUGAAUCCUGGGAAGAAUUAUUCUCCAGAAGAAGUGGAGUUUAGCAAACGUCUAAUGAGAUAUUGGGCUAACUUUGCUAGAUCGGGGAACCCAUCCAUGAACCCCAAUGGCGAGAUGACAAAGGUCCACUGGCCUGUACACACGGCCUUCGGGCGGGAGUACCUGUCGCUAGCAGUCAACUCCAGCGCAGUUGGCCACGGGCUGAGGGUCAAGCAGUGCGCCUUCUGGCAGAAGUACCUGCCUCAGCUGAUGGCUGCUACAAGUAAGCCAGAUCCUCCGAAGAACUGCACAAGCAGCGGUUUUUCGCUGCAGCCCUCACACGAAGCAGUUAGCUUCGGCCUGCUCGCCUUCGGAGUGCAAGCAACUUUGUUCAAAUUCAUCAUUUGAGCCAACUCUCAGUAGCCUUGCCGUUUUGAUGUCAAUAAGUUCCGCAUUCGCUUGUUCGUAUGACUGCGAGUAUGAAGUUGCCACGCAUUUGAUGUGUUGUCGCUGUUAGAUGGUUGAAUUAGGCAGUUCUUGCAUUUAAUGAUUGAUCAAUUUAUUGUAAGGGUGUGUGCAGAUGGCACGCCUUUCUAGUGUAAUGAUUAUGGUGCGUUGUCACAAUGUUAGUUCAAGUUCAGCAAUCACGUACUAAAUCUCUGGUCAUCUGAACCCACCCUUAUGUAAUGUUGGAAUAACCAUGAGAUCGAAUGCAAUCCAAACUGGAUAUGGGACCGAAAGAAUGUUGGUGGUAUUGGCUAAUUUAAGUAUUUAUCCGCGACAUUUUGUAUUGUACACUACUCCGCGUAGUUUCCAAUACAUUCUACGCUCAUUGUAACGGCAAUUCAACAAAACGUCUUUGUAUUAUAAUAGUAUAUGUGUGUAUAUGUUGCCGUCUUAUGAAGUUCUGGGAUAUUUUAUUAUCAACUUAUUUUUAUAUGUAAAAUUAUAGAAAGUAUAUUUUAAUUGUAAGCCACCUCAAGUGUUAUAUUGCGCUUCGGGAUCAGACGUAUCAGUGUCGAUACCUUGACGACAUUCUGAUUGCGUCGACACUGAAACAUCGGUCUUAAGUCCAUUAAGUAUUCGUCUAGUAACUCGCUGUUAAGUUCUAAUUAAAUCGUUAGGGAAGUAAAACUAUUGUUUAUGAAUUAAUGUUAUAAUAUAUUUUAAAAGGAGUGAUGCCUCCACCAACAUAUCACUUGUUAAUAACAAAUUAUAGAAUUAUGUAGAUGUAAUUUGGUCAUAGUAUGUAAGUCUCUACAUAUCUCUUGUUGUAGGUCACGUAUGUCGGGAUUGAGUGACGAUUUGAGUUGGUUAUUGACCAUGUCAGUGAAUGUAAACUUCAGGGCAAUCAUUUUUGUCUAAUACAAAUUGCAAUUUGAAUGGAACGUCGACUGAAGCGACUUUGACACGUUUGCAAGCAUUUGAAACAAUAAUGUUACAAUGGAUUGCUAUGGGUGGGAAAAUUCACUUAAAUGAAAAUAACUGAAUAGUUUUUGUUCACUGAUUAGGUCCCAGGAGUGAGAUUCUUCUAGAAAUAUGGAUUGCAGGAUGUCAGAAUGGCGUAGCAGAGUAACGUGUUAGCUUCGAUGCCUCUAAUGCUAUACAUAUCACGCAGGGCAUAGUGAAGUUUAAGUUCUAGCCUUAGGGUUUAAGUAAGAUUAUAAGCUAGAUCAUUUCACAACUCAGUAGCGGACCAAUAUUAGAAAGUUGUACGUGUAAUACGGUUCGUGUGUAGCAAACGGUGGAUGUUAAAUGGAACAAAAUUAAUACAUUCGGAAAAAAUGUGCCUCGAAAUUCAAUAGAAAAUCCGAUUUGACUCAGCAAGAUGUACAUUACAUUUUGCAGUGUAUGUACAGCGUGUGGGAUGUACAGUUCUUAGUAUACUGUGUUAGAACAUACAAAAUUAGUACCUAAAAGUUAGGGUCGAUACAUCUAGCUUAGAGAUUGUAGUCCAGCAGUUCAGCUUUCGAAUAUUGGUAUAAACGAUUUAAUAGAAGAAUCUUUACAAUUCGAGGUAUAAGGUAAAAAUACUAGUAAAAUACGGUAAUUUCGAGAAUAUUCUUGCGGAAGCCACAAUAUAGGUAAUGAAAUUUCGUUGUUGUAAAUAAUGUAUGAGUGUUAGUAUUUGUAGGAACUCGUCAUUGCCCUAUGUUCAAGUGUUGGGUUCAGGCAUGACAUACUGACUAUAACCUGUUGUGAAGGACGAUACCAUAUUAAGUAUAAAUAAGCGCUAAUGUAACUUGGUAGAACCUUCGUGCUUUGGGUACAUUCAUUUUGUAACUAGGCAUGUAUACGGUAGUCAGAGACCGAGCAGACAUCAUUUAUAUAAACUUAUAUUCAGAAUUGUUCACAGUUAUACAAUUCGUAUUUAAAGUACAAAUGAAUGAGAACUGAAAAGGACUAAGGAGAAAAAUGACAUUGAAGUACUUUUCAUGGUCAAAGGAUACUCUCGCUCGGUCUCUGACUACAUUUAUACACAAAUUCGCGUAUUUGUAUAAACGAUGUAACUUUAUUCGCUGACGUUAGUGUAAUAUAGUAUCAUUCUCACAUGUUCUAGUUCACGUUUGAUCACCGACUACGCUUACUUGAACCUGCGUAUGUAAACCUAUAGAGUGCCUCUUGUUCACUUUUAUAUAUAUUGAUAAAACACUAUAUUAUAGGUGAUACUAGUAGAGUAGUGAUGCGUUACUUCUCAAUAAUGUAUGUGCACUAUUUCUUUUAUUAUAUUAUGUGAUAUUGAAAGGCCAACGAACGACGGGUAGUGCCAAACUAAGAAAUGGAAUUAAAUACUAGAAAAUUGAAAUUAUAUUUUGUUCAUUCCAAAUGUCCCAUAAUAACUUCCAAUAUUAACUAGUUUUAUAACGAAAUAAUUUGUUUAAUUAUAAUUAUACAUACCUACAAGUAAAGAAGUAAAUAUAGGUUAUUUAUACAUUGUUAUGUUAAUUUGUUCAAAAAAUUAUACAAGUUAUAUUGUCAUAGUGAUGCUUUUAUUCACUUAAAGGAUCGAUUUUGAAUUUGUUGUAGAGUUGGAAUUGACUUUGUUUUAAUUUUUAAAUAAAACAUCAUAGUCAAUUGAAGUAAUUCAAUUAGUAAGAUAAAUUGCCAAUAAAAUUGUCUAAAAUAAAUUAAGCAAUUUUAGUGACAUUUUGUUUUCUUUUGUUAAUUUGAAAAAGUUUAACACAGUAGGUAUCUUAAAUAAGUUUUUUAAAUUUUUAAUCCAAUAACGGGGUCUCUAGCUCAUAUAGCGCUAUUGUACAACCACUAACCUAGCACCCUCUAGUAAUACUAGGGGUGCGUAUAAAUUUUCAAAUAAAUAAAAUUGAAUAAUUUCAAUUGACUAUGCUCAGCAAUUUUACCCACUCUUCCUUUUGAACACUGGAAUUUCAAAUAGAUAUUAAAAUUUAAAUUCAAAUUCAAAUGUAUUCCUUCACAGCAAACGCUACGCCAGACAAUAAGAGUAAUUCAGAAAAUUGAAAUAAAUUAAAACUCUAAAGUUAUCUUACGUAAAAUAGCUUUUCCCUUAACACUGACGAUUUUGUAUAUUUUCUAUUCCUAAUUAUGUAAGUUUACAUUCAAACUUUUAUUAUCUACAAAAAAAAAACGAAUCGAUCUUUUAUAAGCAAAUUGAACAAUUUUAUUGAUCAACAACCUGUUGUUUGGUAAUUAGGAAUAGUAAAUAUUCAAUUGUUUUAUACACACUGAUACUUUGCCUUCGAGUCUGCUUGCCUAUAAUGUAUAAUAAUACUUCAAUGUGUCACAAAUUGGCCUAAAUAGCGAAAAUAGCACGUCAGGCCUACAAGCAUUGUCGUUAUUAUUUUAGUCGAGUUAUCUUUUUAAAU